UGCACUUCGUCAUCGCCAUUUUUCUUGUUGUGAUAAGCAGAAAAGCCUUCCUGCACAAAUCUGGAAAAGUCUGCGUUUUAUUUUAGCAUUUACAGUGUCUUUCUUUAACUUUUGUCUGAAGAUUUCUUGUAAGCGAGCGUUAAAAACAGAAAAGGCGUCAUGGCGCAGUACAAGGGAGCUGCUAGUGAGGCUGGGAGAGCCAUGCAGCUGAUGAAAAAACGAGAAAAAGAAAGAGAACAUCUCGAACAGCUGAAGCAGAAGAUUGCAGAGGACAACAUGGUCAAGUCCAACAUUGAUAAGAAAUUCUCAGCUCACUAUGAUGCUGUAGAAGCAGAGCUGAAGUCCAGCACAGUUGGUCUGGUGACGCUGAAUGAUAUGAAGGCGAAGCAGGAGGCGCUGGUGAAGGAGCGAGAGAAACAGCUGGCAAAGAAGGAGCAGUCCAAGGAGCUCCAGCUCAAACUAGAGAAACAGAAAGAAAAGAAGAGAAAGGAGGAACAGAAGAGGAAAAUAGCCAGUUUAUCCUUUAAUCCUGAAGACGAAGAAGAAGAUGAAGAGGAAAAUGAGGACGAAGAGGAUUAUGUGCCGGCUAAGAAGAAACUUGGGAAAAAUCCAGAUGUUGACACAAGUUUCCUUCCUGAUCGGGACAGAGAGGAGGAGGAGAAUCGCCUCAGAGAGGAGCUCAGGCAGGAGUGGGAGCUCAAACAGGAGAAGAUUAAGAGCGAGGAGAUUGAGAUUACAUUCAGCUACUGGGAUGGCUCUGGACAUCGCAAGACAGUCAAGAUGAAGAAGGGUAAUACUAUUCAGAACUUCCUGCAGAGAGCCCUGGAAGUCCUCAGGAAGGACUUCAGUGAGCUCAGGUCUGCUGGAGUAGAGCAGCUCAUGUAUAUCAAGGAGGAUCUGAUAAUCCCACAUCACCACAGUUUUUAUGACUUCAUUGUGACCAAAGCCAGAGGCAAAUCUGGUCCUCUUUUCAGCUUUGACGUCCAUGAUGAUAUUCGGCUUGUGAACGACGCCACUGUAGAAAAAGAUGAGUCUCAUGCAGGUAAAGUGGUGCUGAGGAGCUGGUAUGAGAAGAACAAGCACAUCUUCCCUGCUAGUCGCUGGGAGCCAUAUGAUCCUGAGAAGAAGUGGGACAAAUAUACGAUCCGAUGAAACAUCUGCAAAGCAGUCUUCUCCAGUCACUGGAAUCUUUGAUGCAAACUUUUUCUUAUUCAUUUCCAUCUUAUUUCACACUCUUGUACCUUCUUGUAUAGCUCAUCUGUGCUGCAUCAAGAUUUGAUUUUUAAAAAAAAUUCUACUUGAUAUUUGAAAUACUAGUUCUCCCAGAUGUAUUUGAACAGCCAGUGUAAUGUUUCCUGUGAGAACAACCGCAAAUUCAUAUGUACAUACUGUAGCUCACAAACAUGUGUGCUCAAUAAAACAAACCUGGCUUCAACUCA